AUUUAAAUAUGGUCACACUGUAUCUGUCUGACUGUCAACAAUCUGGUGUAGCCGAUAUAAUUAUCUACACUUUUUGUUCUUAAUUUUUUCAUAUAAAACAUCUUGAAUUGCAAUGGUUCCAUAAAAUUAUAUAAAUAAAUAAGUGGAAGCCGAAAAUUCCACAACUCAAUCAUGUGGAUUGCAUUAAAAUCUCCGAAACUCGCUGUCGGUGUUUACAAUUGGAAAGGAGAUGUUCGGUCUGGAUUACCCAUUGAAAUAGGAGAAACAGUGCAGAUAUUUGAAGAAAAUGGAGCCUGGUACCGAGGGUUUAGUACAAAGAACAGAUCAGCUUGGGGUAUCUUCCCUGCUUGUGUGGUCUCUAUCCGGCCAUGUACCAUUAAAGGCUUCGGAACCGCAGCUAUUUGCGAGCUCAAAGAGGAUCCUCUUGUUCAGGAAAUAGCAUGUGUCUUGCGGGAAUGGGCACGUCUGUGGAAAAAGCUCUAUGUGGAACGGGAGACGUAUCGGUUCAGUGCCGUUGCUAAAGUGAUGCGGGAGUUGCUGAGCGGGCGGCGGUCACUCCUCGCUGGGACACUCACCCAGGAUCAAACAAGAGCGCUGCGGUUAAAGCUCGUCGCGAAACUGGAUUGGGGAAAUAGGAAACUAGGGUUAGAGUUGGUCCCUCGAAUGGGAGCCACCGCAGUGGACCCUGAAGAAAUGAGCCUCGUUCAACUAUAUAGUGUACAUUUAGAAAGUGCUGAGAGAGCAGCAGCGUGGCGUGGCACACUACGUCGCGCGGGUGGUUCAGGAAGCAGCUUCAACUCAGGCACACUCACAAAUGGCACCACAAACUCUAGUACCGCUGUCCAGUCUUAUAAUCUACUAUGUAGCAUGCGAGAUUUUGGACACACCGCGGGUGGAGAUGAAGCCGAGCUACUUCUAUGGCUGCAUGACGCUAGAAAAGCCCAGCCUUUAUCUGAAAGGUUUCGAAUCAGGAUAGCAAGAGAUGGCUUCUCAAAUUACGUGGACAGACUUCACGCCAAUAGUACCUUAUUUGCAGACCUCUCAACUACAGAUCUCUCUCGCGAGCUCUGGUUGGUAGCGUGGGUGAUACGUGUGGGCCGGUGGUCCGGCGCUGGCAGCAUCAGCGGUGGCACGGGCGAGAGGAGGGGGCCCAUAGCCAGAAGGCCCCUGGGUGCUGGUGUAUUACCCUUAUCAGAAUUUCUAAGGCAACCUGGACAGCAACCUACUGAAAAAGAAUAUACAUUUAAGGUAUACCAGUCUGAAGAGAAGGAUUUUCAUCAGUUACAUGAUAUGUUAAUACGAAAACAAACGAACAAAUGCAAUAUACUUCCUGGACAACCAAAUUAUGGUAUAGUGGUAGCUCUUAGACUUUUGACCCACUCGGGGAACAUAAAUGAAGCGGUAACCUCUGGGGCCACAGUAACCGCCAAGCGCGGUUUUCCUGACGUCAUCAUGCCCGGCGAUGUGCGGAAUGACUUAUAUCUGACAUUAGAAAAGGCAGAGUUCGAACGCGGGGGCAAAAGUACAGCAAAGAAUGUUCUAGCAACAGUCAGCGUUCAUGACAAUACGGGACAAGUUAUAAAUGAGUGCGUGUACGGUGCAAGCGGCGCGGCGGCCAGCUCGUACGAGUCGCUGGUACUGUACCACAACAACAGCCCCGCGUGGGGCGAGCACCUGCGGCUGGGCGUGCCGCUAGACACGUUUACGCACGCGCACGUGCGCAUCGAGUUCCGACACUGCUCUACUCGAGAUAAAAAUGAAAGGAAACUGUUUGGGUUCGCAUUCGCCCGCCUAAUGGAACCCAGCGGCGCCACGCUUGGGGACGGCGCGCAUGACUUAUAUGUUUACAAAUGCGACGAUCCAUCCAAACUCACUACAGCCAGCUACCUGUCCCUCCCGUCAUGUGCGACGGACUCGGGUAGGGCGACCGCUAACGGUGUUGUAGCAACUUUCCAGAGGAGUGCCAAAGAGAGCUGCACAAUCAGCACUCUGUUGUGUUCUACUAAGUUGACACAAAAUGAGGACCUCUUGGCGUUGCUACAAUGGCGCGCGCACCCAGAAAAGGUCCAGGAGACAUUGCUACGUGUUCUGCGGCUCGGUGACGGACUCAGCUGCGAGGAACUCAUCAAGUUCCUUCGUGACGUGCUCGAUGCACUCUUCGCUCUCUUUUCCACUGAGGAUGGAAACAGUACCCCACACUCUGGUACCGUUUUCUUGGUAUUAGUAUCAAUAUGCAGUUUAUUGGACGAGAGUCGUUUCCAACAUUUCCGACCGGUGCUUGAUGUGUACAUCGAGGAACACUUCUCAGCCGCUCUUGUAUACAAGGGCCUGCUGUCGUCGGUGCAGCACUGCGCGGAGUGGGCGGCGGGCGCGGAGGGCCAGGAGCCGAUCCGCAAGUGCCUGCGGUCGCUGGGCGCCGUGUUCCGGCUGGCGGUGCGCUCGCGGCGGCUGUUCGCGCGCGCCACGGGCGGCCAGUACGAGGACAGCUUCCGCCGCGACGUGCGCGCCGCGCUGCACGCGCUGCGCCAGCUCGCGCACCACCCGCACCGCGACCACCUCGCGCCCGCGCAGGUGGCGCUAAUGACAUCAUGGGCCAGCGUCGCCAAGGAAGUAGCAUCAGCUCUAGGACCGGUGGAGGCGGCGCGCAUAACGGCCUCUAUGUUAGACGCACCUGCUGCUAAUGCACCGGCAGCACUAGCCAAGGCUCGCCUCGCAGCGGCACAGGAGAUACUGAAGGGGCCUUUAGGACAAGAUCCUGAGGCACGCAACAUAGUGCUGAUGACAGCGUGCCAACAUCUACGCGUGCAGCUUGCUCGGCGCGAUGAGCUGCCGCAGUGCGCCGACAUGCUCGCCGACCUCGUCACGCUACUGUGGAAACGAUCGGACAACGACCGCGACCUACUCGACCACCAUGACCACCUCGACCACCACGACCACGAGCACGAUCAUGACCACCUCGACCCCGAUGUAGACGUCCUCUGCCUUAACACGCUCGAUGUGCUCGUCGAAACUGUAUUGCAUCUUAUUGGAGGGAACUCGCCUGUGUUGGGAUCAAUGGUCGCCGGCUUGUUGGGUGCCAUGGAACUACUCAGGCCCGCUCAUUACCAAAGAUUAUGGAGUCACUUAGCACCACAUCCGCACGAUCGGAAACCCUUGAAAGACUUCUUGAUGCGAGCCUUCCUCGUCUUCAGGCAUCUUAUCGAGCAAGAUGUCUUUCCAUCAGACUGGAUGGUACUUAGAGUGCAAAGCUGUAAAGUACUAUUGUCCGCUCUACAAGACUUGGCGAAACCAUUACUCGAGAGGUUUUUAGGAGAUGAACCACCACAAUUUGAUACUCAGCUGUGGUCGGGCUACCUGGAGCUGGGCGUGGCGCUGGUGACGGCGGGCGCGCUGCAGCCCGAGCGCUGGGCGGGCCGCGGGCCCGACCGGCCGCGCCUGCGGGCCCUCGCCGGACACCGCCUGCUCGCCGUCUGGAGCCGCCUCGGUCCAGCACAACUACAUUUGAUAGGCGUAGGAGUAGGUGCGUUGCUAGAGGUGACCCUGAUCGGUUCACUGCGGCGUCAGGCGCUAGGUGCACUAGUAGCGCUGAUGGCGGCUGAACGUGCCUCCGCCGGGCAUGCUCGCCGCACAGAAGCCGCGCUAGUUGACAAACUGGACUCACUGGUCGCCGACAACAAGGCCGACGACCACUAUCGACGGCUUUUCGACACUGUGGAGCAUUUAAGUUCAGUACUGAUGGAGCGCGUGUCGACGGAGGGGUGGCGCGAGGCGGGUGCCGCGUUCGUGGGCUGCGUGACGCGGCUGCUGGAGCGGCUGCUCGACUACCGCGCCGUCAUGCAGGGCGCCGAGCACCGCGACAAGCGCAUGGCAGCCACCGUCAACCUGCUUAAUUUCUACAAAAACGAAAUUGAUCGUAAAGAGAUGUAUCUACGUUACGUAUACAAACUACACGACUUACAUAUAGGAUCUGAGAAUUUCGUAGAAGCUGGCUGCACGCUUCUGCUGUAUGCAGAAACUUUAAGCUGGGAUAGUGAUCAAAUCGGCGUAGAUCACGAAUAUCCAGACACUCCAGAAUGGAAAAGGAAAGAGGCUCUCUAUAACCAAGUAUUACAAUACUUCGAUCGUGGAAAGUGCUGGGAGAAGGGCUUGCCGCUGCUGCGCGAGCUAGCGCGGCUGUACGAGACGCGGCUGUGCGAGUACACGCGCCUGGCGCACACGCUGCGCACGCACGCCGCCUUCCUGGACGCCGUGCUCGCAGACCUGCGACCCGAGCCCGAGUACUUCCGCGUCGGCUUCUACGGCAACGGCUGUCCGCUCUUCGUCAGGAACAAGCAGUUUGUAUAUCGGGGACAUGACUACGAGCGUAUCGGUGCCUUCACGCAACGAUUGCAGUCGGAGUAUGUUUCCGCACACAUACUCAUGCGCAACACUCCACCUGAUGACUCCAUUAUUGCUGCAGAUGGACAGUAUAUCCAAAUCUGCAAUGUAAAGCCUGUUCCCGCACCGCGCGUGUGGCCUUCGUCGGCACCAGAACAGGUAAAAAGGUUCUACGCGUGUAACGACGUGGAUACGUUCCUUUGUGACCGGCCACUACAUAAACCACCCAUCGACAAAGAUAACGAGUUCAAGAGUUUGUGGAUUGAACGCACUACACUAGUCACUGAAAAUACUCUACCUGGUAUAUUACGUUGGUCGGAGGUCAUAUCAAGAUCUGUUGAAGAAAUCCCGCCAGUAGAGUUCGCCUGUGAGACGAUGGAGGCAACGGAACGCGAGCUUCGUAGCCUAAUAUCCCAAUACACCGCGGACCCCUCACGCAACAUCAAUCCGUUCUCCAUGCGAUUGCAGGGCACGAUUGACGCCAACGUCCAAGGUGGCAUUACGAAGUACGAGCAAGCGUUCCUGACCCCCGAAUUCUCGAGGACGGCAAGUCCGCGCGAGGCGGCGGCCGCUGCCAAGUUACGGCGGCUCGUCUCCUCACAGCUGAUGGUUGUAGACGCAGGCCUCGCCUUGCACGAGAGGCUGGCGCCAGAAGAAGUCAAACCCUUGCAUAGACGGCUGGUAGAAAGAUUUAACCAACUGCGACAAAACUUGGGGCCUGGUCUUGCUCGCGGUCGACGACAACUAUCGGAAAGUAUAGUAAAUACACCUCUACCGCCAGUGCCGUCUCUCGACAAGCGAUCUCAUAGUACACAGCAGAGUGAGAACUACUAUGAAGAUGGACAUUUCUACAAUAAGCCUAUUUAUUCGCUGGAGGAGAGCGAGCAGCAGAGUAUAAUGUCGAGCAGUGCGCCGUCGGGCGGCGCGGGCGCGGGUGCUGGCGUGGGUGCAGGCGCGGGCGAGCGCUGGUGCGGCGAGGAGGGCGGCAUGGCGCGGUCGGCGCCGCCGCUGCCCACUCGGCCCAAGUCGGCCUCGCAGGACCCCCGCAGCCCCACCAAGCCGCCGCACCCGCACCCGCACCCGCACCCGCACCCGCACCCGCACCCGCACUCGCACUCGCACUCGCUCGACAAGUAUCGGGAAACCAUUGAUGGUGAAAUAAUCGAGACACGUCGACAUAGCCGCGCGUCGUGGAGUGAGCCAGGCGACGCCCCGCCUUUACCGCCUCGUGUUUCAGUAGGCGACAAGCGUUCGUGGAUGGAGUCGCCGGGUGCAGGCGUGGGCUCGGGUCCUCCGAUGGUGCCGCGGCGGACGGCACGUGCGGAGCCCGAAGACCGCCGCAGCGACGACGCUCGCGACUCGGGCGUGUGCGUCGACACGCACGCUUACACCAACGCGGACGAACAUCGACACCACCACAACGAUCUCGAUCUAGCAGUAGAGUCUUUACGCUAUGAGGAGAUGAUCUCAAUGAUAUCGGAGCCGCUGAGAGUGGACGAAGACGAAACUCCACCGCCAAUCCCACCCAAAGGUCUCGGACACCUCAGCAGCUUCGAUUCUGGACACCACGAGAACGGCGAAUCGCAUUGUUAAUACUAUAAGGUACAAUUUGAAUCUAGAAGUUUGACAUUCGACAUAUUGUUAUAACUGUAUACAGAUUACAAUAUGUUGUGUCUUUUUAAUUAUAUUUUUACAGCUGUUGAAUUAGAUAUCUCUUCCCUAUUUAUACUGUGUCCAUGUAACAUUAUAUAAAAGCUGAAACUUGAGUAGCAGUGCUACCACCAACGCGGAAAUGGCCUUUGGAUCUGCUAGUGAUGUAACUAGUAUUGGAGUAUGCCUAUAAUGCAAUGACAUGCAGCUAUAUAUGUCUCAAUAUGGUCAACUAUCAAUUUAUGGCGUUAGUAAUAAGUGGUCAUUUAAAUUACAUUUUAUUCCGUUUCAUACUUGUACAUCAUUGUGAGUAUCUAUUGAGCAGUCUUCGUUAGAUAUAAGUUAUAAUAAUGAUUACAUGCCAAACUUAUCUCUAAAUAAUAAUUAUUGUAUUAACUUUGGGACUGUAGUCACAUAUGCUUUUUUUAUACAAAUAAUGUGUUUCUUAUAUAAUUCAUUGAUUUAAAGGGAAAAUAAAAAUAAUUAUCGAGAUAGUCAUGAAGUAUACGCGGUUUUCGACGAGCGCCUAUAAAAUUUAAAUUGAAUUCGCUCAGAUUGUUUGCCU